CGAGCGCCCCGGGCUAUGGCCCGAGCCCGCCCGCCGCCGGGGCUUCUGCCGCUGCUCGCUCGGCUGCUGCUGCCGCUGCUGCUGUCCGCCGGCUGCUGGGCGCUGGAAGAGACCCUCAUGGACACGAAAUGGGUGACAUCUGAGCUGGCAUGGACGUCUCACCCAGAAAGUGGGUGGGAAGAAGUGAGCGGUUACGAUGAAGCCAUGAACCCCAUCCGAACGUAUCAGGUGUGUAACGUGCGGGAGUCCAGUCAGAACAACUGGCUUCGCACCGGUUUCAUCUGGCGGCGGGAAGUGCAGCGGGUCUACGUGGAGCUCAAAUUCACCGUGCGAGACUGCAACAGCAUCCCCAACAUCCCUGGCUCCUGCAAGGAGACCUUCAACCUUUUCUACUACGAGGCUGACAGCGAUGUGGCGUCGGCCUCCUCCCCCUUCUGGAUGGAGAACCCCUAUGUCAAAGUGGACACCAUCGCACCGGACGAGAGCUUCUCGCGGCUGGACGCCGGUCGGGUCAACACCAAGGUGCGCAGCUUCGGGCCGCUUUCCAAGGCUGGCUUCUACUUGGCCUUCCAGGACCAGGGCGCCUGCAUGUCACUCAUCUCGGUGCGUGCCUUCUACAAGAAGUGCGCGUCCACCACCGCAGGCUUCGCACUCUUCCCCGAGACCCUCACGGGGGCGGAGCCCACGUCGCUGGUCAUUGCCCCCGGCACCUGCAUCCCUAAUGCCGUGGAGGUCUCGGUGCCGCUCAAACUCUACUGCAAUGGCGACGGAGAGUGGAUGGUGCCCGUCGGGGCCUGCACCUGCGCCACUGGCCACGAGCCGGCUGCCAAGGAGUCCCAGUGCCGCGCCUGUCCCCCUGGGAGUUACAAGGCAAAGCAAGGAGAGGGACCCUGCCUCCCCUGUCCCCCCAACAGCCGAACCACCUCGCCAGCUGCCAGCAUCUGCACCUGCCAUAAUAACUUCUAUCGUGCGGACUCGGACUCGGCGGACAGCGCCUGUACCACUGUGCCGUCUCCUCCCCGGGGUGUGAUCUCCAAUGUGAAUGAGACCUCGCUGAUCCUCGAGUGGAGUGAGCCCCGGGACCUCGGUGGACGGGACGACCUCCUCUAUAACGUUAUCUGCAAGAAGUGCCAUGGGAGCUCGGGCACUGGGGGGCCCGCGACCUGUUCACGCUGUGAUGACAACGUGGAGUUUGAGCCUCGGCAGCUGGGCCUGACCGAGCGCCGGGUCCACAUCAGCCACCUGCUGGCCCACACCCGCUACACCUUUGAGGUUCAGGCCGUCAAUGGCGUCUCCGGCAAAAGCCCUCUGCCACCCCGUUAUGCGGCUGUGAAUAUCACCACCAACCAGGCCGCCCCAUCUGAAGUACCUACACUCCACUUGCACAGCAGCUCGGGGAGCAGCCUGACCCUGUCCUGGGCACCCCCAGAGCGGCCUAAUGGGGUCAUUUUGGACUAUGAGAUGAAGUACUUUGAGAAGAGUAAAGGCAUCGCCUCCACGGUCACCAGCCAGAAGAACUCCGUACAGCUGGACGGGCUGCAGCCUGACGCCCGCUAUGUCGUUCAGGUCCGGGCUCGCACAGUGGCGGGCUAUGGACAGUAUAGCCGCCCGGCUGAGUUUGAGACCACGAGUGAAAGAGGCUCAGGUGCCCAGCAGCUUCAAGAGCAGCUUCCCCUUAUUGUGGGCUCCACGGUAGCCGGGUUCGUCUUCAUGGUGGUUGUCGUGGUCAUCGCCCUCGUCUGCCUCAGGAAGCAGCGCCAUGGCCCUGACGCAGAGUACACGGAGAAGCUGCAGCAGUACAUUGCUCCUGGGAUGAAAGUUUACAUUGACCCCUUCACCUAUGAGGAUCCCAAUGAGGCUGUGCGAGAAUUCGCCAAGGAGAUCGAUGUGUCCUGUGUCAAGAUCGAGGAGGUGAUUGGAGCUGGGGAGUUUGGGGAAGUGUGCCGGGGUCGGCUGAAACUGCCUGGCCGUCGGGAGGUGUUUGUGGCCAUCAAGACGCUGAAGGUGGGGUACACUGAGAGGCAGCGGCGCGACUUCCUAAGCGAAGCUUCCAUCAUGGGUCAGUUUGACCAUCCCAAUAUAAUCCGUCUAGAGGGUGUGGUCACCAAAAGCCGUCCAGUUAUGAUCCUCACUGAGUUCAUGGAGAACUGUGCCUUGGACUCCUUCCUUCGGCUCAAUGAUGGGCAGUUCACAGUCAUCCAGCUGGUGGGCAUGCUGCGGGGCAUUGCUGCUGGCAUGAAGUACUUGUCCGAGAUGAACUAUGUGCACCGUGACCUCGCUGCCCGCAACAUCCUCGUCAACAGCAACUUGGUCUGCAAAGUGUCUGACUUUGGCCUCUCCCGCUUCCUGGAGGAUGACCCCUCAGACCCCACCUACACCAGCUCCCUGGGAGGGAAGAUACCUAUCCGCUGGACCGCCCCAGAGGCCAUCGCCUACCGGAAGUUCACCUCUGCCAGCGAUGUCUGGAGCUAUGGAAUUGUCAUGUGGGAGGUCAUGAGCUACGGAGAACGACCCUACUGGGACAUGAGUAACCAGGAUGUCAUCAAUGCUGUAGAGCAGGACUAUCGGUUGCCACCCCCCAUGGACUGCCCCACUGCCCUGCACCAGCUCAUGCUGGACUGUUGGGUGCGGGACCGGAACCUCAGACCCAAGUUCUCCCAAAUCGUCAACACACUAGACAAGCUUAUCCGCAAUGCUGCCAGCCUCAAGGUCAUCGCCAGUGCCCCGUCUGGCCUGUCACAGCCCCUCCUGGACCGCACAGUCCCGGAUUACACUACCUUCACCACGGUGGGGGACUGGCUAGAUGCGAUCAAGAUGGGAAGGUAUAAGGAAAGCUUUGUCAGUGCGGGGUUCUCAUCCUUUGACCUGGUGGCCCAAAUGACUGCAGAAGAUCUGCUAAGGAUUGGGGUCACUUUGGCGGGCCACCAGAAGAAGAUCCUCAGCAGCAUCCAGGACAUGAGACUGCAGAUGAGCCAGACGCUGCCUGUGCAGGUCUGACACUCAGCUCCGACCGGGGGGGAGGGAGUGUCCCCCCACCCAGGACUGCACAAGGAUUCUGACCAGCCCGCUGGACUUUUGGAUGUCUGGCCUUUGGCUGUGGCCCAGAAGAUGGAAGUUUUGGAGAGGACCCUUGCUGUGACUUCUCCAGGCCUGUGCUCCCUCCCAGGAAGUGUGCCCCAAACCUCUUCAUAUUGAAGAUGGAUUAGAAGAGGGGGUGUUGACCCCUCCCCAGAUGCCUCGGGGCCCAGGCCUUCCUGCUCUCCAGUGGGGAAUCUUCACAACUCAGAUUUGGCUGUGCUUCAGUAGUGGAGGUCCUGGUAGGGUUGGGUGGGGGUAAGCCUGGGUUACUCAGGCCCCAGCCCUGGCAGGGGUCUGCCCCCACCAGGUAAGCAGAGAGUAUUCCCUCCCCCGGGAAGUGGAGGAGGGGACUCUGGGAACGGGGAAGUAUGGAGCCCCAUCCUGAAGCCAGCUGGUACCUCCAGUUUGCACAGGGACUUGUUGGGGGCUGAGGGCCCUGGCCUACCCCUGCCCUUGGUGCUGUUGUAAAAGGGCAGGCAGGAGCAGGCUGAGGAGCAGCCCUCACCUCCCAGAGACUGACUCACAGAGCCAGAGAUGUGUGUGUGUACAUGUGUGUGUGUGUGUGUGCGCGAGCGUGCGUGUGUGUGAGUGAGGGGGGUAUGUAUGUGUGUGUUGUGCACAUGCUUGCCUGCACAGAGAGCAUGAGUGUGUACAAGCUUGGCCCUGUGCCCUAUAGUGGGGUCAGCUGGGCAGACAGCGAAAUAAAGGCAAUAAGAUGA